GGUGAGCGCGGGCGGCCGCCGAGCGCGGGCUGGCCCUCCCCGACGGAGGCGAGGCCGCGCCGCGGACGGCCAUGGAGCGCUACUAGGGCCGGCGGGGCAGGCAGGAAUCCUAGAGGAUGCUUUAGUGAUGGGAUGGACUAGUUCAAAUGUUAGUCAUGAACUCUCCACAUUAAUUGCCAUCUUCUCACUCUGACCGAAGAGAGAGCCUGGGCUGAGGGAGAAGGGAAAGCGGCCACCAUGAAGCUGAAACAGCGAGCUGUCUUAUUGGUCAUCCUCAUCAUCAUUUUUAUUUUUACAAAAGUUUUCCUUAUUGACAACUUGGACACAUCAGCUGCCAACCGUGAGGACCAGCGGGCCUUUCACCGAAUGAUGGCCAGCCUCCGUGUAGAGCUGGAUCCCCGCCUGGAACAUACGUUGCAGUCUCCUUGGGAGAUUGCUGCUCAAUGGGUAGUGCCACGGGAAGUAUAUCCAGAAGAGACCCCAGAGCUGGGGGCCAUUAUGCAUGCCAUGGCAACCAAGAAGAUCAUUAAGGCUGAUGUGGGCUACAAGGGCACACAGCUUAAAGCCUUACUGAUACUUGAAGGAGGACAGAAAGUUGUCUUCAAACCUAAGCGGUAUAGUCGAGACUAUGUGGUCGAAGGGGAACCUUAUGCUGGUUAUGACAGGCACAAUGCAGAAGUAGCAGCUUUUCACUUGGACAGAAUCUUAGGUUUCCGCCGUGCUCCCUUGGUGGUUGGGAGAUUUGUGAAUCUUCGAACUGAGAUCAAGCCUGUUGCCACAGAGCAGUUACUGAGCACAUUUUUAACUCUUGGUAACAACACUUGCUUUUACGGGAAGUGUUACUAUUGCCGAGAAACGGAGCCCGCCUGUGCGGACGGAGACCUCAUGGAAGGGUCUGUUACCCUGUGGCUUCCGGAUGUCUGGCCGCUGCAGAAACACCGGCACCCGUGGGGCAGGACUUACAGGGAGGGGAAGCUUGCCAGGUGGGAGUACGACGAUAGCUACUGCGAUGCCGUGAAGAAGACGUCCCCCUAUGACUCCGGGCCCCGGCUCCUGGACAUCGUGGACACUGCGGUCUUUGACUAUCUGAUCGGCAACGCCGACCGCCACCACUACGAGAGCUUUCAGGACGACGAGGGCGCCAGCAUGCUCAUUCUCCUGGACAACGCCAAGAGCUUUGGAAACCCUACUCUGGAUGAGAGAAGCAUCCUCGCCCCUCUCUACCAGUGCUGCAUAAUUCGGGUCUCCACCUGGAACAGGCUGAACUACCUAAAGAACGGUGUGCUGAAGUCUGCCUUAAAGUCGGCCACGGCUCACGACCCCAUCUCCCCCGUGCUCUCCGACUCCCACCUGGAGGCUCUGGAUCAGCGACUCCUGAGCAUCUUGGCCACCGUGAAGCAGUGCACCGAUCAGUUUGGGACGGACGCUGUGCUGGUGGAGGACAGGAUGACUCUCUCCCACUUGUAAUUUUAGUGGAAAACAAUUGAAACUUCUUUUUACAAAUGAUAGAGAAACAGCACAAAUGAUUCCAAAGGGAUGGAUGGGCAAAGACUGGCAACACGCUCUCUGGCCACAGGGGACGGGCAGUCUUUGGGUCUUGUGCUUUCCCGUGACGAGCUAAAGCACUAACUGAAAGCUUCAGGCGGUCGCGAGGCCCCUGCACGGCCCCUGACAUCGCUGGCGCUGCCCUGUUUUGGCGUGUCCAUCUCUGGUAAAGGGCAUCACAAUAAUAACUGGUGUCCGGUUGCAGAGGACUAAUCGAAGUCUGGAGUCGGAACGUGAAUCCCAGAGGGGUUCCGGAGUGUGUGUGUGUGUGUGUGUGUGUGUGUGUGUGCGCGUGUGUGUGUUUCGGUUGAACCCUGCAGUCCUUCCAUCCUUUGUCCCCUCUGCCCACCCUUCCUUCACUCAUCAUCUAAAGAGACUUGAAAGUGUUUCAGGUGCAGUUUCAGCAGCUUGGUUCUCCCUGGAGACGGCGGUUCCCCCUCUUAGAGAGGUGGCUGUGGUGGUGAGCAAAGCCGUCGCCAAGCAAACAGAGCCCACACCUUUGGCACACAGGGCCCCCUGCUCUGCCCUUUACAAACCCUGUGGUUGCUAGAAUGAAUCUGCCCUCCAAGAACAGAAGCAGGAAGUCACCUUCAUUUAGAGUCAGGUUAGGUUCCUAUGCAUUCGGGAGUCCUGGGAGAAAGAUUCCAUCCUACUGCAAGAAAUGUAAAAGCUUCCAGCACCGCCCCCGGCGUCUGGAGCCCAGGCUUAACUUUUGCUCCAAGCAGAAAGAAGCGAGGGGGGCCUGGGCCCGGGCCGGGUCCUCCCUGCGUCUGGACGAGAACAGCCCUAUGUGUGGUAGGAGAGCCAUCAGGGACGGCGUGGGUCAGGCGGCCUCAGAGGUCCGGGGCACCUCGGAGAGUCUGGAAUUCCUUUGCCUUUAAGGCUCAAGCUCCAUGGGGAUCCAGAGUCAUGGAGACUUCUCAGGCCCUCAGAGGAGAGUGCUCCGGGGGGUCCUGGUGAGAAAAACCAUCUCCCUUCUAGGAACAGUCAGGGCUCCUUUUGUGACAGGGGGUUGUAAUUGGGGGCCUUCUGAAAGAUAGAGAGAGAACUGGCAGGGGCUUUCCGAGCUUUUCGGUUGGAGUCGGUAUCGACACGUGUAACUUUCAAGACUCACAUGUUUCAUAUCCCAUCUCACCCUUCUUCUCAUCUUAUGUCCUGACCCUGCAUCGUGAUAUUCUGGCUGCGUUUCCGUAACUCCAGAUCGGGGGCACUCAAGGUUGUUGUAACUAAAGCUUGUGUUUGUAUUCUGGAAAAAAAGGCUCUGGAUGUGUGAGGUAAACGGGCCUGAUGGACUGUCAGCUCUAAGAGUAGGCUGUGUCACUCAUGGGUCAUCUGCUUCUGGUCCUUAUUACUUUUCUAGGUUUAUACUUCCCUUGAUUAGAGACUAUUAUUUAUAUGAUAAUUGAACAUGUUUGAUCUCAGUCAUUGGGAAGUAGUCUUGAAACUGACUGAAGAUAUCCAAAGCCCAGUUUUCUGAAUUUAAGAAACAAUAUUGAGUAACCUUUUGGCAAUAUCAUGGAAGUUGGACACUUUUUAAAAAUACCGUGUACACAUUAUCUGAGACCAGGUUGAGAAUGGGCUAUUAGGGAAAAAAAGAUUUUGCCAUGUGAAUGGAAGGAAAGUAAUCACACAAAAUGCUAACAUUAUGUCAAAGGGAGAAGCUUAUUUCGGUUUCAAGAUAGUUUACUUUGUGUAUCCAGGAAAAUUCUCACAUAGGCUGAGAGUCACUUGGAUAGCACCUAUCUUAAAAUCUCUGAGAGAUAGCUGCAGAGAUAGAGUUGGAUCUCAAGACUAUUAGCUUUGCUCUUUAUGAUAAAUGCUACUUUCGUGCUAUACAGAUACAAAUGAAUAAAAGAAGAUUAUGUGAUCACAUCCUUCCUGACAUACCUCUUGCCUUUAUGAGGUCAAACUGAAAAGAAUAGAAACUUCUGAAACCUUGGGCAUUUCAUUCUGGUGAUUGAAAGUAAAUUAUUCUGCUAAAGGAAGAAGAGAGAAAAUAGAGGUGGCUUGGUUAAAAUGGGCCUUUUUUUUUUUCAUCCCCAGAACAUUGAUUCACUUCCUUAUUGCAACAAAUUCAUUGUUUCAUUUUCCAUUUCUUACCAAGCACAAAUUCAUGGACUUUGAGACUCAGGACCAGAAUGAUAAUUAAAGCUAGAGCUUUAUUACUAAAAUUAAAUUUCUCUACCAUUGGUGUGUAGAAUGUGUCCUAUGUUAGGAUUAAAUAGAAUUGGGAAGGGGUUAGAAGAUUCUAAAUGAAAAUCAGCCAUAAGUCAGUAACUAUAAAUUUCACUCAUCCUUUGAGUUCACCUUAAAAAAUGAGAUACCUAUAAAUCAUCAUAAUAAAAUGCCUUUGGGCUUUGGUCCAUUUCAUUAGGAUUCUGAGCUACUUAUAAACAAGGUGUGCUUAAUUCAGCCACUGUAUGGUCAUUUUUGUCAGGCUUGCUGAUGUCAGCUCAAGUGUGCAUUGAAAUAAGAAUCCAAAGCUAAGUGGACCUGGAAGUCUUUAGAAUAGAUAGAUUAUAUUUUGAUAUAUCCCACACAAAAUUUUAGGAUUAAGAAAUUAUUUCUUGGUUCUUGUUGAAACCCUAAUUUUUAAGCUUAGGGAAGUGUUUUUGCAAGUUUUAUUCUAAAACUGCUUGUUAAAUGAGGUGUUGCUUACAUUGUGAGGAGGAGAAAAAAAGUAAAUAAAUUGAAGAUUAUUGGAUAGGAUUUUAUUUGCUCACAGAUCAUAUAUUCCCAGUGAGUCAUUCUCUCUGCGUGUUCACACUUGAAGCUAACAUGUUGCAUGUCAAGAUUUGAAAAUUAAGAAGAGAAUAGAAGACCUGGUGACUGGACUAUUAAUUUUCUGGAGGUCUUUGUAGGAAAAAAAUGAAUCCUGUGCAUGAAAAAGAAAGUGGAAUGACUAUCAAUCAGCAUGAUUCAUUUUCCACUGGGAAUUCAUUUUUCUUUUCCAGGGCACAGUACAUUUCCCCUCCAUUUUCCACCCAUCUCCCAAAUUCUCCAGUACACUACCAAUCUUUUGUCCACUAGUAAAAGUAUGCUUACCAAAACAUACUUUUGUCACUAUUUUAUGGAGAACUCACAUAGGCCAAGGCUUACUUGGUGGUCAGAAAAAGACACUCUUAAGAACUUUAGAUUUGAUUGUAUGACAUGGGAGACAUUGGCACAGGAUCGCCCAGCAAGGUGUAUCUUCAUCAGAGAAGGUGCUCGUAGCAAAGCAGUAUUGAAUUAGCCCAGAAGAACUGUGAGAUGCACAAAGUUAGAGAAGCCCCCAGAUGUUCAGAGGGACUCUGUGCUCCAGGACCUAGGGCAAGCCUUCCGAACCUGUGUUGGUCUGAUCAGCUGCAGUCAGACACGCUAACUUGACUCAAACAGAGAUGUCAUUUUGAUUCUCUUGGAGAACAAAGGACCACAAGCAACCUAGGGUUUUAUAACCACUAGUGAGCUAUCAUACUCAAAUAAGGCAGCAUCUCCUACAAUUUUAAGGUUUCAGAAAAGUAAUAAUGUUGGAGAUGGUGGCCUGAGCUAAGAAUUUAGAAGAACAAGAUGCUGAGUGAGUUUUGGGAAGUCACCUUUACUUCUGUGGAAAAUGAGAAGGUUGAUCUGGGUCCCUAAAUACAAGAAAAUCCCUACACAUCCCAGGCACAGUCACAGACCACAGAACAUGCUUAACUUUGGCAGGGUCCAUGUUGCUCUAAGAAUUGAAAUUGAAGUGGGUAAAAGAUCCUUUCCCAGUCCUUGAAAAUAAGAACUAGGUGCAUGGAUACCCAAUUUUUCUGCCAAGGAUCCUGACAGAAUAAUAGGGUUAGAAGGGAAAGGAAAGGGAGCCCACCAAUCAACAAUGCCAGAGACUGAACUGAAUCAUCAUUCAUUCAAACAAAUACGAGUGAGGUGAUGGGGUGGGAUAGGGGAUAAUUUAUUGAGAAGGUAACUUAUUCACUAAUGGCAACUUGGAAGGGUGGGCAAGAACUCUGCUUGAAGCUGCAAAGCUUUAGCUAUACUGCUAAAGGUCAUUCUUGGUAAAAAGAGAUGCUCCAUAGAACAUCAAAACCACAUCUCAAUUUCUACAUAUGUUCUGUAGGUUCAAGAUCUGAAUCAAGAAACGUGAAGCAAAUAAAGACUUUAAUAAAU